AGCCUGGGGGUUAUGGAGAAAGCAGAGAAGUAUCAGUGCAAGAAGAUAACCGAAAGAGGUUAAAAGAAAUAUUUUUAUUAGUCGAACGUGACGAGUGUUAGCAGGAUGGUUUUGUGGUGGGGGGUGCUGCUCUUCAAGCUUUGAAGCAGCUUUCUUGUGCGCUUUGUACCGAUCCUGGAGGUGCUACAGAUUAUUACAUACCUGUUAUUGCUACAGUGUUUUCACUCUGGGGCUUUAAAAAGUAAGUGGAUAUAUUUACAGAAGAUGUCUCAGGUGGUGGAGGUUAAGAGAGAGACAGAAUCCAAGGAUGACAGUUUGCCCAUCAAACGGGAAAGGCAUGGGAAUGUAGCAAGUCUUGUACAACGAAUAAGCACCUAUGGACUUCUCGCUGGAGGAAUUCAACCACAUCCACAAACCAAAAACAUUAAGAAGAAGACCAAGAAGCGUCAGUGUAGAGUUCUCUUUGAAUACAUCCCACAAAAUGACGAUGAACUGGAGCUGAAAGUGGGAGAUGUUAUUGACGUUAGUGAAGAGGUAGAAGAAGGCUGGUGGAGUGGAACCCUGAACAACAAGUUGGGACUGUUUCCCUCAAAUUUUGUGAAAGAAUUAGAGGUAACAUAUGAUGGUGAAACUCACGAAGCCCAGGAGGAUUCAGAAACCGUUUUGACUGGGUCUACCUCACCUUCACCCUCUCCGGGAAAUGGGAAUGAAGCUGCACCUGGAUCAGUCACCCAGCCAAAGAAAAUCCGAGGAGUUGGAUUUGGAGAUAUUUUUAAGGAAGGCUCAGUGAAACUUAGAACAAGAACGUCCAGUAGUGAAACAGAAGAGAAGAAACCGGAAAAGCCCUUAAUCACACAGUCACUGGGACCCAAAACUCAGAGUAUGGAGACAACAAAAACAGACACUGAAGGCAAACUUAAAGCUAAGGAGUAUUGUAGAACGUUAUUUGCCUAUGAAGGUACUAACGAAGAUGAACUCACUUUCAAAGAGGGAGAGAUAAUCCAUUUGCUAAGUAAGGAGACUGGGGAACCUGGCUGGUGGAAGGGUGAACUUAAUGGUAAAGAAGGAGUAUUUCCAGACAAUUUUGCUGUUCAGAUAAAUGAACUGGAUAAGGACUUUCCUAAACCAAAGAAACCACCACCACCUGCUAAGGGUCCAGCUCCAAAGGCUGAGCUGAUAGGUACAGAGAAGAAGUAUUUUCCUAUAAAGCCUGAAGAAAAAGAUGAAAAGUCAGUGCUGGAACAGAAACCUAAGCCAGCUGCUCCGCAAGUCCCACCCAAGAAGCCUACUCCACCCACCAAAGCCAAUAAUUUAUUGAAAUCUUCUGGAACAGUGUACCCAAAGCGACCUGAAAAACCGGUUCCUCCACCACCUCCUGUAGCCAAGAUUAAUGGAGAAGUUUCUUCCAUUUUAUCAAAGUUUGAAACUGAGCCAAUAUCAAAACCAAAGCUAGAAUCUGAACAGUUACCACUUAGACCAAAAUCAGUAGACCUAGAUUCUUUUACAGUUAGGAGCUCGAAAGAAACAGAUCUUAUAAAUUUUGAUGACAUAGCUUCCUCAGAAAACUUGCUACAUCUCACUGCAAAUAGACCGAAGAUGCCUGGGAGAAGAUUGCCUGGCCGCUUCAACGGUGGACAUUCACCGACUCACAGCCCAGAAAAAAUCUCGAAGUUACCAAAAGAAGAUGACAGUGCCAGCCUGAAGCCAUCUGAGCUUAAAAAGGACCCAUGCUACUCUCCAAAGCCGUCUGCAUAUCUUUCAACACCUUCAAGUGCUUCUAAACCAAAUACGGCUGCUUUUCUAACUCCAUUAGAAAUCAAAGCUAAGGCAGAAACAGAUGAUGGGAAGAAAAAUUCGUUGGAUGAACUUAGAGCUCAGAUUGUUGAAUUGCUGUGCAUUGUGGAAGCACUGAAAAAGGAUCAUGGGAAAGAACUGGAAAAACUGCGAAAAGAUUUGGAAGAAGAGAAGGCAGUGAGAAGUAAUCUAGAGGUGGAAAUAGAGAAGCUGAAAAAAGCAGUCCUGUCUUCUUGAAGUGACACUCACGCAGUGUUCUUAACGUUCCAGGGAUUCAGAAGCCACACUAUGAACUUCAGCUGACUUGUUACCUAAAAAUGAGAAAUGCUGAUGUCAUGAUGGAUAUGAGUAUAUGAACUAUUAUAUCUAUAGAAAAGUGUAGGGGAGGGUGACUUUUUAUAUAUAUAUAUAUUUUGUUUUGCCUAUAUGAAAAAAACGAGGCCUUAUUUCUUAUGUGCUGGGAUUGCAAACUUUUUUGUUUAGUUUGCUUGAAAAUACUACUGAAUCUGUAUAGAAAGGAAAGAAAGUUCAGAAUAGUUUUUUUAUUGAACUUGUAGUAUUAUUUUUAAAGAGAUCUAUACUAUAAAUAUGGUGAUAUCUUUACAAGUAAUCUGUAAAAUAUACUAUUUGGGGGGGGACAGUUUAGCUCUAUGGUAGCCACACUCACUACUUUUCCCGUGACACAUAAGGGAUAUAAACUUUGUAUAUAUAUGUUUUUUACGCUGAGCUUCUCACCCAGGAUUACACUGUCGUGCCUGUUUGUUUGCAGUGCUGUUUAUACUCUGGGUGAUGAAGUAGGAGUUUCCGAGCUAUAAACCAGAUUACCCACCCACGCGUAGAUUAAUAACUAAUGAAAUAAUUUCUUCAACUUCUAGAGUAUUUUAUAUUGCUUGCACUAUAGGAUCCACAAGUGGAAUUUAGUUAAGAUGUACUGGAUUGUUAAGUAUAUUGGGGGAAAUAAUGAGCUGUAUUUUAAAUCCAUUCGGUCUCAGGAACUAAACAUGUCAGCUUCACCCUACACUUGUCGUGCCUGGAAACGAUAGCACAUGUAAUAUGCAAACACCAGCCGUAUUGCUGUACUUUCCUGCUUGUUUUAUAGGCUCGAAUGCUACUCAUUUCAAGAUCUUGUGAUUUAAUUCUUCACGCCCCUCCCUCUGAUUUGUGAUAAUGGUAAUCCGGGAGAAACAGGGCUCCAAAGCUUUCAGAACCUCAGUGUGCAGUUUCAUACUUCCAAAAAUUAACCUUGUGUAACUUACCUGACAGACUGAACUGCCUGGUGGAGAUGUUCUGGGGUGUCAUUUAGGUACCAACUUUAUAAAGAGUGUGUAGUGUAUCAUAAAGUGUAACAUUGCAGCUUAUUUAAAACCAAAAAUAGUUGGCCGUACUCAUGCAUUUUCACAAAAUGGACGAAUAGCAGUUUCUUCAGUCACUUACGAACACUUGAACGUUUUAAGAUGUUAUGUACAGAUAAUGUGUCUCAAAAUACGUGGGUUUAUAUUAAAAGUAGAAUUUUUGAUUUUUUAAUUUGCAAAAAAAAUCAUAUUUGAAGGCUUAUUACAGCAAGUGACUUUUCAGAUUUUGAGCACCAUCUAUCAUGCUUCCAUUUUGUGUUCAUUUAAACCACCAAACCAAUUUUUCCCUUUUAGUUUUAAUCUUGUAAUACUGAAAUCUUGUGUUAGUGAGAUUCUGUCAUAUUGUUUCAGAUAAAAGGAAAAUAGAAAAUAAUAGAAACUCCAGUAUAUAAUUACGUAAUGUAAAAUUCACAACUUAAAUUCCUGCUGUUGGGAAAAUCGGAUUGUGUGUCGGGUUAUGUACAUUUUAACUCUUUAAAGUCCGUGGGCUCUUCUGAUGAGGUCGCUGCUGAACAAAAUUGUUUAUUCCUGUUCUAAUGUUUCUAAAUGACUUGUCAAAUGAAUGAUUUCGUUCUUCUUAAAUAAAUUAGAUCUUAUUUUCUUUUAACAUGAAAGUCCUUAAGUAGAAACUCCUAGCUUUAUGACUGGAAAAUCUUACCAAGUGAGCCCUCCCCAUCCUAAUAAGGGGGUGGGGGUAGUUUCCAGCGGAUUUCAGGCUGUUCUUAAGGUUUUUGUUGGUCAUUCUCUAACUAGUGCAUAAAAUCAAGAUGGUCAUGAGUGCUGAAAGACAUUUAAAGUGUGUGUUUGUACACUCCUCACUCGGAAUUGAAAAGUAACGAAAGUAACUGGGUCUCUCUUUUCCCGCCCUUGACCAAAUAGUAAAGAAAAGAAAGCCAAACAAACGCAAAGGGAAAAACGAUUAAUCUAGCAAGUUACCAAUGUCUGCUCUUGAUAACAGGAAUUGUAUUAAUUCCCGUUUAUAAAGUUCAUAUCACAGAAUGGUCUGUAAUAAUAAUAGCUUUUACUUGGAGAUAAAUCUUUUUUUUAAUGAGUGAGUAUAAAUGACAGACUAGAGGUGAACAGCAUGACAUCUGUUGUUGCCAAAUUGUUAGUGAAUGUGGUGUUCAGGUUUGCUGUUCGAAACACGUAACAUUACUAAUUUUCCUAAUUAUAUUUCGAUAUUAGGAGUCUUGUGUGUGCGUGCGUGCGUGUGACCACGAAGCUGUGGUCACACUGUAAAGCUGUUACCUCUUAGAAAAUCUAAGUCUGAAGAUAGAAGAGAGAGUGGGCCUGGCGUAACAGAGGAUUCUCUCUUAAUGCUUCUUACUGUGAUCACAGGAGAAAAAACCCAAGUGCUCUCUAGACGUCUUGGUAAAACAUCCUAUGCUUGCGUUUAAACUUGAAAUGUAUGAACAGAAUGAGACAAUCAGUUCAAAUCAGAAAUGAGAAGUGUUAAAAUUUAAUGGCCUUGUUUUGCUGUAGCAAUAAAAUGACCAAGUGCAAUGACUUGAUUUAAUAAAAUCAUCUUUUGAAAGUUGCUGCUAUGAAUAUUUUUAGCCAUAAAAUUUUACCCUUGUUGUAGCCUGACUUGCCUUCAGUAACUAUUCUGUAAUGCAGUUGGCGCUGUGGUAUUCUAACAUUCCAAAAAUAAUAAUAAUAAUAAUAAUAUAUAUUUAUGGGGAAACUCAAAACAAUAUACUUCACUUGUUUACAGGUGCUGUACAAAAGCAUGCUUCUCUCUCAAAAAGGAAAAUGAAUAAAGAAUAGUAUUGCCA